UAGAGAUGACGAAGUCGAUUGGCAAUAUAGAUUAAAGGAAACGAUAAAAGUAAUCUGAUUUCAUUAAACCGCGCACACCGGUCAGAGAACUUUUAAAGUUUUAAGUUUGCCCAUAGGCUGUUUUGAUAUUAAAGUAACCUCCAUACUCGCAGAUUUUAUUCAAGUUUUCUUUUAUUUUGGAUCGAGAAAAUGUUUUUAUUACGUGUAAAGGGAAAUUGUUUUCUCUGCUUGAUCUUCAUACUUUCUAAUCUAAUUUUAAGUUCAAAUGCGAACCCAGAACGAACGGACAACAGAAGUACCACGAAUGCGACGACUGUGGGCCCUCAAGUCCAAACAAACAUCUCGACUUUGAACUCUGUGCUGAUAAACUCGGAGGAGGAGGUAGGAGCGUUGAGUACGCCAUCCGAUCUUCUUCAUCAAAACACCAGCAGCGAUGGUACUUCAUUCAAUGGGAGUUACACCGCCCGGAACUUUCGGAUGGAGACAAGCUACAGUUCGGGAAGAUCAACUCUCCUCCCGAGGAUUGUCCAUCAUCGUACUAUGAAGACGUUUACCUCAGUACUGGCUGUUCAUGUAAAACGGAUGAUCAGAAGCAUUGACUGUCAUUUCGCCCGCCGCUACUUCACCGACGAAGGAAAAUGUGAAACCCUCUCCCGUAUUCCAACUGACCAGAUGCGGUUCUACGUCACACCGCCAAGAGUAAACACUGUGUACUCAGUGACGAUCCCCGAAGGCAGAUUAAGGGACUCAUCCUCCCACCACUCGGUGGCGGUAGUGGACCCAUUUCCAACCGAAAGUUUCGGUCAUCUACUUUUAGUUUUCUAUAUUGAUGGCGCGACUAGACCAUGGUGCAAACGGAAGCGAGGAAUUGAAAUAGGUCCCGGCUUAUGUCUAACACAAGCACGCAGAAGCGGAUGUCGAAACAUCUAUCGUUCCCACUUAAGUCCUAACGACUUGGCAAAGAAAUGUGAAAUCAACUUCAUUCCACUAGUGUAUGACGAAAUCACAAACGAGAAUGCCGGACAGACCAGACAACAGUUGUUGGAAUGCAUGCCAUACAUAUCUGGUUUCGGACCUUGUCCUAAAACUGUGGUGACCGAAUCCACAAUCGUGGAAAACUGCGAACUAAUUGAGAACACUCGCCGAUGUUAUUCAAAGAAAUUGCGAAGCAGCCAAAUCAAAUUUCCUCCGCUUUGUCGACUAUACGCUACUUGUGAUUACGCUGUGACGCUUUUCGGGGGUUGGAACGACGUUACUAUGGUUACGCAGAAUGAAGAAAACUUACGGUCGUUUUACACCAUGCUUAGACGGAAUGGUUUUCGAAAGGAUAACAUUCAAGUCUUCUACAAUGGGAAUGGAGACGUGAAACUCGGCGAACCGUACAGAUACGGACUACCUGCCAGUGAGAAGUUCCGAAUACGAAAUCACAUUACAACAAUUUGUAGAACUAGUCUUUGUGCUGAUUCGUUAGUUAUUUACAUGAAUGGACCCACAGACACAGAGGGUUCCCUUCUUCUGUGGGACAACAACGGAAACGGCGAGAGUGAAUUAUCAGAGAAAUACCUUGUAACUGAAUUUCUGGAUGAUAUUGCUGGGUGUGACGCAAAUCAUGUCUUCGUUUUCGCGGAUCAGAGUUAUUCAGGAGUUCUGACGUCAGCAUUACGUCAAAGAGUCGCUGCCACGACUCUGACGUCAUGGGAGCGUGUAGUUCUUAUUGCUAGUGGAGAUACGUGGGACUACUCCUGGGGUCGUGACGUCACUUCGCAUUGGAGCAGACUCUCCCCGCUGCAGAAUGUUGCAUUUGCAUACGAGGGCUUGGCGUUCACUCACAGCCUCCCGUCAAUCACGCAUCGACGUCACGCAGAGGACUUCACUUUAUUUGGGGCACCUAUCUCUGAAGGGUUGCCAGAGUAUAGUGACAAUCCCACUCGAAUGAGACGACAAUAUAUGGGGUGUCAGAAGUUGCCGCUCCCACAAUGGUUAAUCAACUUUCAAAGAAAUCAGACCCCAGACACUAAUACUUGAACAUAUUCUAUAAUUGCUAUAAGUUUCUAUUGUUUCAAUCACCGCUUCUGGAGUGCUUUGUUUGUACAUAUAUCUAAGCAUUGCUUGUAUUUAUUUGAAAGUAAAUUAAACCAGAAGUUUCAAAUUUAA